AUGUCUCACACCACUGUUCACGUUUCUGGCAUCGCGCCCGCAACCUCCGACAAGGAGGUUCGCGACUUCUUCAGCUUCUGUGGAAAGAUUGUGAAUCUCUCUAUUACUCCAGUCUCUGGAGAGGCCGACGCUCAAAAGUCCGCCACUGUGACAUUUGAGAAGGAGGCCGCCGCCAAAACCGCCCUCCUCCUCGAUCAAACCCAACUCGGCACCUCCUCCGUGCACGUCGAAUCAGCUCACACCUUCGAAGAUAUCGCCGGAGCUCAAGUGACCGACGCAGCCGCCGAAAACAAGGGGGAAGAGCACGACAUCGCACAAGAAGAUAAGCCCCGCUCUCGCAUUUUCGCCGAGUACCUGGCACACGGAUACGUGGUGAGCGACCAUGCCAUCGUGAAGGCGAUCGCAUUGGACCAGAAGCACGGUGUCUCGAACAAGUUCACCUCAGCACUCACCAACUUCGACAAGAAGUUCAAUGCCACUGAGCGCGCCCGAGGCCUCGACACCAACUACCAGAUCUCUACCAAGGCGGCUUCAGGCUGGCGCGGUCUGAGCUCGUACUUCGAGAAGGCUCUUGAGCACCCCUCCGGCCAGAAGCUGCGUGACUUUUACGUCCAGACCGAUAAGCAGGUGCGCGAUAUCCACAAUGAGGCUCGUCGUCUGGCCGAUCUGAAGCAGGGCAAGACCGGCGAGACGGAGGGUGCGUCAGCUCCUGCUCUUGGGGCUGCUGCCCCCGCUGCCGUUCCUUCCCAGCCUGAGGCUGCUGCGGCUCCUGUUGAGCCCAAGGCAUAG